UCUCACGGUUUACUGUUUUGAGUUUUUGUGCGGGUAUAUGUGUGCAACGCAGCCCAUCUAUGUAAUAAAAUGCACAUACAGAUCUAAUUAUUUUUGGUCGUUUUACAUUGAAUUUGAUGUAAAUAGCAAAGGAAAAUGUUUUUGUAGCAUUCCGUGGUACUGGGUGGUUUCUAGAAUACACAAACUAGUUGCAUAUGAAUGAAAUCAUGGACCCCAAUGGAUUGCUGUCCAGUAACUUUUAUGGAUUUGAGACGUCGCCUAUCUCUCUAACGUUACCCAGUAAACGUAAGAGACACGAGAUGAGUAUUGUAAAUGGAAAAGAAGAAGAUUUCCCUAAGGUUUAUCCCAAAGAGAGUUUGAGAAGACGUGGCUUUGUCCUGAUUGAUGGCCAAAGAGGUGUAUACUCUUCUGAGAACUGGCAGCCCAAUGGCAGCACGUUGUACCUGCCUGUAAAUGGUACUUUGUUAGCCAACAUUGAAAAAUAUGAUCAGAUCAGCUUUGAGCAGGGAGGCUACUGCAUAGGCAAUGCAGCAGGUGGAUUUCAGCAGAAGGUCCAAGGGCAAGCGAUCCAUUGCUGGCGGUAUAGCGAACAAGAUAGAAAGCUUUUCAUCGCACUUUCUUACUUGUUCACAAACUUACAAGUUUUUCAGGAAUUUAUCAGCAGUCUUGAUUGUCUCUGAGGAUUCUGGGUAAGCAGAGUUGGCCAACACAAAGCAUUAAACAAUCAAGUUAAAGGCGGGAUGCAUGAUCUCUGAAAGCCAAUGUUGAUAUUUAAAUUCACCUUAAGAAACACGCCCCUACCCCAAUAGACUCUGGACCUUCUUUUGAUAGACCCAGGCAACGAUGUAGGUUGGUAGACAUGUCCCUUACUACUGAAGUGUGUUUUGCUACUCGGCCCGACUCCCUUUUCCAAAGCGUUUCUCAAAAAUCGUGCACCCUGCCUUUAAAUCUAAAAGACUGUGUUUUGUGCUAAUAAUUAUUACAAGGUUUAUUAUAAUGAUUUGGUGUUUAUUGUACAUAUUGUAAUAGUUGCAUUUUUCAACAUUUUAACAGAGGAAGACACACAUGCACCUUUGACAUUGUUCAUUAUACAUAAUCUUAUACAGUAUAACAUUUUCUUGUAUUAAUAAGCUUCCAUGUUGACUCGACAUUAGUAAAUAUCAUAUCAGUCAUGUUAUGUUUGAUGAACAAAGUGUAUUGACUUAAUGCUGAGCAACAUCAGUAUUUUUUAAAAUUAAACAUAAAAUAUUAAAUGCUAAAUGCUGUUGAUGAGAUGCUUGUUAUGCGAUGUUUGUAACAUUCACUGCCUGUUGCUAAUUUUGUUGUUUUAUAUUUGUACCUGUACUUUAUAUUUCAAAAUAUUUGUGCUGUAAAAGUGUGUUUGUAUCAGUUUUGCUACAGAUGUGUUAAUAUUUUUUACAAUAAAAAAAGCUCCUAUGGAAUCCA